AUGCUUCAAAUGAAGGAUCAACUGCAAAAUUUUCUUCGAUGCAGCAUUGGAAAUGGUAAUAGGGCUCUGUUUUGGCACGACUACUGGACUGACUUGGGACCUUUGUACUUAAUGUUCGGUCCUGCGGGACCUCGAGCUCUUAGGAUUCCUAUUGAUGCUACGGUGUCUCAAGCAGUGUCCAAUGGUAACUGGAAUCUUCCUCCGGCGCGGUCAGAGAACGCUGUCACUCUCCACAUUGUUUUAUCAACAAUUUCGGUCCCUGUUUCAUCUGAUGUGGAAGACGCUUAUGCUUGGAGAAAUCGGUCGGGUGGUUUUGCUGCAUCCUUCUCGUCGAAAACGACGUGGGAGAGGAUUCGUAUUGCUAGUCCCCCUGUUUUGUGGCACUCUGUGGUUUGGUUCAAGGAGGAGGUUCCUUGUUGUUCUUUCAUUUCUUGGACUGCCUUUCUUAGAAGGUUACCAACUAGAGACCGAUUGAUCUCUUGGGGCUUAAAUGUUCCACCAGGUUGUGUUCUUUGCUCGGCUGCAGACGAGUCUAUUAGUCAUUUGUUUUUUGGUUGUCCCUAUGCAGUUGCUAUCUGGUCUCGUUUUUGUGGCAGGUACAUGGCGGUGCCUCCAGCUUCGCUAUCUGAUGUGGUCGUCUUGUGUCGGCAGCUUCAGGGCCCUCAUGCGCGUGCGGUCAUAGUCCUCAAACUCAUUAAUCAAGCCAUCAUCUACAGCCUUUGGCGUGAGCGGAAUGCUCGCAUCUUCCAAGGCGUCUCCUCAACUCAUCAGGCCUUCUUCAGAGUGGUGGACCGUCGGUUGCGGGAUCGUUUACUGUCCCUCUCUCUGCCGUCCGUUACAGCUCCGUCGCCUUCCCUGCUCGAGUUGUUCUUUUGCUUCCUAGACCCCUAUAGCUAGUGUCUCUUUCUUUCUGCUCUCCAUUAUGUUUCAGUGUUCUUUUCGGUGUCUUUUGUUUCUUUGAUUCCUCCUCCUCUCUCUUGUUGUAAUAAGUUGUGUUUUCACAACAUUGUAAUCUCUAAAAAACAGAAAAGUGGUAUAAA